CUCCUGUUCUCCUGUUGUCGUAUCAGCAGCAUAUCAGAUAUCAGUGUACUCUAUGGAUAUCAGUCACUUCUUUCUCAUUAUCAGAAGAAUUGAUGAACUGAUGCACCGAUCAAUCAUAAUCUAAUCUAAUAGUUAUUGUUUUAUUGUGAUGAUGUGUUUUAUGUACGAAUAAGUUGAAAUGAAGAAAUGAAAAGCGUAGUGAAAGUAAUUGUUAAUGGUUCUAGAAUACAAUUCACUCAUCCGUGUUUGUAACUGAAUAGAUGUGUUGAAAAGUGCUCAGCACAUAUUUGAUUCCCACACUGGUUUUAGCCCAUCUGCAAAAACUCACAAUGAAGCACCAUCUGUACCAAUAUAAGAACCUGACAAAGUUGACAACACCUUAUGCCUCUAGAAUCACGCACUUGAGCAAUCAGAUUUUUGGUGAAGUUGUACGACCAACGCCCAACAAGGCAAUGAAAGUUGUUCAGUUGCAUAGCCAGUUGCCUGUUUACAAAAAUCCUUUAUUUGUUGCAUAUUACCCUCGACAUGUGAAAAUGGGAUGGCUUAUACGUAAACUUAGAGAAUAUGGAUUGUUCCGAGAUGAGCAUCAAGAUUUUACUGAGGAAAUGAGAAGACUUCGAGAGUUACGCGGUAAAGUUUGGGUGAAAGGCCAGAAAAAAGAGAAAAAGUCCACCUUCUUGUAAAAAUGUUUUGUCUAUCAAUUCAGUAUGUUCUAGUUUCUAUAUUUUUGUCUGAUUUUUGUUGCACUGAGAGUUGUGCUCUUUCAGUUGAUUGUUAAACAAAUAAAUUUUGUUCACUUUGUA